AUUUCCUUUUAACAAACAUUUAAAUGGCCCCUCCUCCAGUUCCCUCUAAUAAACCACUUCAAGCACCUCCAUAAGUAUAACAGCAACCAGCCCUCUUUGGAUAACCUUAGGCCUACCAACCCUAUUCCACACUCGCCCCAGUCUAAUAUCAACCCAUCAAUGCUCCUUUGGCUUACAGUGUUGCUAGUCCUGUCUAGCCUGUCGUUCAAUAGGUUGUGGCUCCACAACCAGUAUUGGCUCAAUCAUAUGUGGCUUAACCCGUCAUCGCUUAACCAGUCCAAUAAUCAGUUCAUGUAUUAAUCUAAAAUGAGACUUAGCCAACCAUCAAGGGAGAAUCAAGAAUCGAAUACAUUCCAUACCAAAAGGCCAUAACUGAGUACGAAGAAUAAGAAGUAGUGUAAUAUGUUCCAAGAGAAAGAAAAGUGACCGAAUAUUACGCUGUGGAAUACCAAACUGAAUACGUCCCCUAAGUAUUCUAAGAGAAAUAUACAGGUACUCAUAAAUAAGUAAUGUUGUAGAAUACGUACCAGUCGAUAGAUACUAAGAGAGAGUUGAAUAUUAUCCAGUCGAAAGAUAAGUAGUUCAUUAAUAGGUUGCCUAAUAACCUGUUUAAGUUGUUCAAUAGCCUGUUUAAGUUGUUCAAUAACCAGUCUAAGUUGUUCAAUAGCCUGUUUAAGUUUAUCAAUAACCAGUCUAAACUGUGCCUGUAACAUAUGCCCCACAAUAUGCCUCACCUAUAAUUUCUUCAAGAGUGAUCCCAGCUUAUCAACCAUAAUAUUAGCCAGUUCCUCAAAAGGUAUAACCACAGGCUCCACCAAGAUCAAAUUUAAAUAAUAAUAUAUGAAAAUAUUAAAUAAUUUAAAUACCCAAUUUUAAGUCAC